AGUGGAAAGCGAUUAGCAGAGAGCUCGCUGCGUUCCCCCACUAUCUUCCAAUCUGCGCGUCGCAGUUAUGGACUCUGAUGAACUGCGGUAUAUAUAGACUUGUAUAGACCUAAUUUUAUCUAAGGGUAUCUGAGACCCCGUGAAAUCAUGACCCCACGAGGAUAAAGGCAUGUCAGUCUUUAUGUAUCUGUAGUCAUUGUCUGUAGUGUGCGUCAUAUUUACGUUUCACUGCACCAGUAAACUACUGUGAUUAGUAUUUUUACAACGAAAUUGUUCCUUGCGGAGAGCAUUUUCAAAUUAAAGUCAUGUGUACCAUGGAAGGUGAUCUUGUAAAUGAUAGCAUUAUACAUAGUAAUGAUGUUGGAGAUGCGUUCGGAUGUUCCAGAAAUACUGUCAGCCCACUUGUGGGUCCCUUACAAAUAGCACCCACAGAACGUUAUGCCACACAUUACAACAUGAAUCAUGCUAAACGUGGACUAGCUAUGAUUUUUAAUCAUGAAUUUUUCACUGUUACACAUCUUAAACCGAGAUGUGGAACAAAUGUGGAUUGUGAUAAUCUUGUUAAUACAUUGAAAAGUCUUGGUUUUGACGUAAAUGAUUUUCAUAAUUCAACUCAUAGAGAUAUAGUGAAAAAUUUAGAAAGAGUUUCUGGUAUGGAUCACUCUCAACACGACUGUCUAAUUGUAGCUGUUUUAAGCCACGGGGAAUUAGGAUUACUUUACGCUCAUGAUACUCCUUAUAAGCCUGAUUCCAUUUGGGCUCAUUUUACAGCUGAUAAGUGUCCUACACUUGCUGGAAAGCCAAAGUUAUUUUUUAUACAAGCCUGCCAAGGAGAUAGAUUAGAUAGCGGUUUAACAUUAAAGGAACGUACAGAAACUGAUGGUCAACCAGCUUCAACAUUCCGUAUACCAAGUCAAGCUGACUUUUUAAUUGCUUAUUCAACAAUACCAGGUUACUAUUCAUGGAGAAAUACCACUCGCGGCUCAUGGUUCAUGCAAGCAUUAUGCAUGGAAUUACGUGAAAACGGUACUCGUUACGAUUUAUUAACUUUGCUGACUUUUGUUUGUCAAAGAGUCGCUCUUGAUUUUGAGUCAAAUACUCCGGACAAUAUUACUAUGCAUCAACAGAAACAAAUUCCAUGCAUUACCUCGAUGUUAACUCGUUUAGUGAAAUUUACACCUCCAAAAAAUGGAAUUGUAUAGCUGUUUUAUAUACAAAAGAGUUUAUAAAAUGCAAUACAGAUUGCACAGUGUGUAUCUGUAUGGUACAAGUCACACCAUUGUUGGAAGUUAUACUCUAAUACG